AUGGUGAAUGCACGCGAGCCUCUGUUGCAACACACAUUUGGGUUUGUAGAUGGCAAGAACUUCCGCCGGAUGGCUACACUCAGUUCUGGUCACUGGCACGAUUUGCUUCGCUGCCGACGGAUGCAUCAUCUGGUCGAAGCACAACUGCCGCGGGUCCUGGAAGGAUUCAAAAACACCGCUGGGAUUUCGAAUGAAGCUCAUUGA